AAGUAGAACCAUGCUACAUACCCCACCCUUGCUACCAACCAUGCCUUCACCUACUUCUCCACCACAUAUUUAUCUAUACCCAUUUUCCACCCACCUUCUAAUUUUAAUUUUCUUGCAUCCCUACCACAUGUUUAUGUAGGGGGUCAUGGUCGGUACCAAUGGUGGGGUUUUUAGCAUUUUUCUAAAGAUACACCACACCGCAGUUUAUUAACAUUGGAAUGUCGUUCUUGUCAUUAACAGUGGUUCCGCCGCGAUUCGCCGCGAUUUGCUCGGCAGCCAGGCGGGGACGAAACUCCGAGCACGGCGAUAAGAGAAAGCGAAAUGCGAAACCGACGGAACAGUCAAACGCCGCUGCCGGCGCCGACGUCUCAAUUGCGAAGAAGAAUCCACCAGGCUUCGGGAGCAGGAGGAAGGAUCCAAUGUGGAAAUGCAUAGAGAACUGCGGCGCCUGCUGUAAACUCCAUAAACCCCAAAAAGACUUUCCUUCGCCCGAGGAAAUCUUCGACGACUAUUCAGACAUUGAGUUGUAUAAAAGCAUGGUGGGUGAAGAUGGUUGGUGCAUACACUUUGAGAAGAGCACAAGAAAGUGUUCAAUAUAUGCUGAACGGCCAUAUUUUUGUCGGGUAGAGCCGGAGGUAUUUGAGACACUGUACGGAAUUGACAAGAAAAAGUUCAACAGGGAAGCUUGCAGUUGCUGCAUUGACACAAUCAAGGCAGUGUAUGGAACGAGUUCAGAAGAAUUGGGUCAUUUUGAUCAAGCAAUAUGGAGCUCAUCGGCUUAGGUACAAAUAGUUUUUGUGACUGCUUUUAUUGGAUACGGAAUUAGGGUCAUAUAUACCCUUCUUGCAAAAAAAAUGCUUUACACUCCAAAAAGGACCACAAAUGUUUGUGAAUUGUGAGAGAAAUAUGGGCUAUAUAUUUUGUAUGAUAUGAAACUCAGGUUUGUAACCUAACUACCUUAACACUAUGUUUGGUUGAAGGAAUUUGAAAGGGAAAAGAAAAGAAAAUGAAGUGAGAAAUAGUUU